GUCAACUUUCGACGGGGUGAGUGAGUCAGAAAGAGAAGCAGGCAUGACGAGAAUCAGGCCGGCCACGGACGCAAGAAUCCGCGCCCUGGAGCUGCUCGGGGUGGCGCUCUCUGCGUGCGCGUGGAUCUUCACGCUGGCGGCCACGCUCAGGUCGGCUUGGCUCACUCUGUCCACCGAGCUGCUGCCCACGGAGAGCUACGAGCUGGGCCUGUGGGAGACGUGCGUGGUGCAGGACGUGCAAGGCGCGCUCCUGUGUCAACGCCACGACAGCCCGCUGGCCUUGCCGCGUGACAUCAAGCUGGCGCGCGUGCUCGUGUGCGCGGCGCUGUGCGCCGGGCUGCUGGUGCUCGCGCUCGCCAUCCCGGGCUUGCACGCGGUCAACGCGCGGGUGGACGGGCGAGUCAAGAAAGCGAUGAAAAUGUGCGGCGGGGCGCUGAGCAUCGCGUGCGGCGUUCUGGUGCUCGUUCCGGUGUCGUACGUCGCCCACGUCGCGGCCCUCCGCUUCUUCGACGAGUCGGUGCCGGACGUGGCACCGCGCUGGGAGUUCGGGGACGCGCUCUUCUGCGGGUGGACCGCAGGCGUGUUGCACCUGAUGGCGGGGACCGCGCUGCUCGCCUCCUGUGCGUCCCUGCAAAACCUUCACGCCCCCGCCCCACUGGAUCAUCUGCGGCCGGGACCGAGAACGGAGUACGUCUAAAAUCUGCAGACUUGAACACUGUUUCCCAACCUUUAUUGGGCCAAUUAAGGCACACCCAACAAAAAGUAAUUCCAUACUCCAAUAAUAAUGAUCAACUUUCCUUACUCAGUGCGUGACAUCUGUGCCUGUUUAGGUGAACACAAAACCAUACAUUCAUACAUUGAAAACUCAGAAAUUGGGGCACUUGUCAAUCAACCGCUGUACUUUACAUUAGAUAAUCUCACGGGACACUACUGAAUAACAAUACCGCUCAAAUAUUGUUACCUAAAUAAUGAUGCGCUCAUGUACAAAUCUAAUCGCCCAUGUGAAAUAUUGAUGAAUGCCAAUAGGUAGGCACACAGCAGGUUAAUUGUACCUUCUGCCAUCUAAUGGAAGAGCAUGUCAUUGUCCUUUCUGUCACUAUGUCACUGGUAUAGCUACAUAAACAAAUGUACUUUUUUUUUUUUUGGGAAAAUAAAUAAUACUUUUUGUGAAAAUGACAAAAGUAAAAUGUAAUCAUUUACCAUCGUUGGUAAUUCCUAUUGUAGAAAGUAUGAAGUAGUUCUAGGUGACAGUACAAUUCACAAAUUUCUUUUCAAUGGCAGAGGCAAAACAAUGUGUCCAAAAAAAUAGAAAAUAGACACACACAAAAAAACAUUCACACAUACGGGCAAUUUAGAGUCUUCAAUUAACCUACCAUGCAUGUUUUUGGAAUGAAGGAGGAAGCUGGAGUACCCGGAGAAAACCCACGCAGGCACGGGGAGAACAUGCAAACUCCACACAGGCGAGGACAGAUUUGAACCCGGGUCCUCAGAACAGGGAGAUGUGCUAACCAGUCGUCCACAGUUCUGCCGUUUUAUGAUAAUGGCCACCUAAAAUAUCUAAAAAAAACAAUGUAUUAAAUGUGAUUCAAAAAAUGAAUAUUUGAAAGUAAAACUAUUUAAAACAAAAAAAGGUACCAUAAAUACAAAAAAAAAUUCUAAAAUAAAUGAUGAUGCUCGUGGCUGGAAAGAGGGAAGAAAUUGUGACAAAAUAAAAAUUUAGAGGCACUGAUGUGGUGGAGCCCAGUAUUUUUUUUAUUUAAUUUUUUUACAGUGCCCUGAAUCUCUGACUAAGCCUCAGUUUUAGUCACAUGAAGUCAAAAUCCAUGAACAUGACCGCCUUUACAUCAAAUCUGAUUGUCAAGUGUCAUUUACUUUGAUGUUGUGGAGCUGAUUAACAUUAAAUAAAUGCACAAGA